AUGAGGGAAAUAAUCGAAUUCUUCCGCCUCGGUAACCGCCACGCGGUGCACCAUCCUCGGUUUUUUGGAAAAGCGCCUGCAGCCACAACUGCAGAAACAGGAGAAAGGAAAAAGGCAUACGAAUAUUGGAUGAACGAUAUGUAUCUAAACUAUCGGGAACCUAUAGCUAUCAACUCCAAUCCAGGCAUGGUUUUCCCUCCUAGAAAAUUCACAACCAUUCUAGAUGUAGCUCGGUUCGCAGCCAGACUCAUAGAUGCUGCUCUGGACCACAAAGAAAUUCUUAAUCGCAAAGCUUUGCCUGUAGAGAAAGCUACAUCGAGGGAGGCGGGUCAGCCUCUGUGUAUGGCACAGUUCUAUAGGAUACUGGGAGCUUCCAGAUUGCCCGGAAAGAAGCGAGAUUUUCACCAUGUACCUGCAUCUUCUUCCAGUCACCUUCCACCUCCAGAACGCUUAGAAUGGGUGCUGGAAGCCACCGAUCACAAGAGAAUAGAAGAAGCAGGACUAUACCUAGACAAUUUAGUAAAAGACUUAGAUUUCCAGGUUUUUAGGUACAACGGUUAUGGCAAAGAGUUCAUGAAGUCCUGCAAAGUUAGUCCAGAUGUAUAUAUUCAAUUAGCUCUGCAAUUAACUUACUAUAGACUGUAUGGUAAGCUUACAGCAACCUAUGAAAGUGCUUCAGUCAGAAGAUUUAGGAUGGGAAGAGUGGAUUGUAUAAGAUCAGCUAGUCCCGAAGCUUUGGCUUGGGUUAAAGCAAUGUCGCAACCAAAAGAAGAUGAUACAAGCAACAAGAAGGUAACAUUUCAUCUAGUUAGUGACGAGAAGAAGAUCCUACUAUGGAACGAAGCUGUAGCAGCACAAACUACAGAAAUGGUUGAAAACAUUCUGGGUCAGGGCAUAGACUUACACAUCUUAGGUUUAAGAGAAGCAGCCAAAGAAACCUCGCCUACAGCAGCAUCUCCACUGCCAAAACUCUUUACGGAUGCAUCAUAUAGAUUAGCAAACAAAUUUUUACUAUCUACCAGCCAAGUAGCCACUAGCACUAACAGCUUCAUGGGCUAUGGUCCCGUAGAAUCCGAUGGAUAUGGAGCUUCUUACAACCCUAAGACAGACUGUAUUAUCUUUUGCUUGUCUGCUUUUUGGUCCUCUGAGGUUACUAGUACUAGUAAGUACGCACAAUCUUUAGAAGAAAGCUUAAAUAUCAUGCAAAGCUUACUGACUCGGCCUAGUACGUGA